GCAUCCCACGUCGCCAGCCGUGGCACAAGCAUUUGCAUGACCCAUACCGAUCCUUUGAGCAAGUCAGCAUGGCGAACGAAAAAGCUGCCGCAAACAGUGAUACUGUCGAACAUCUCGAAAGCAGCUCAGACUUCGAGAACACCAAAGAUGCAGCCCAAGCAGCUGCCGCCGAGCACCAGUUGACCCUACGCGAAGCCCUCGUCAAACACCGCAAGGCUGCUAUAUGGUCUGCUAUAAUUUCCUUGACCGUCAUUAUGGAAGGCUACGACGUCGGGCUCAUAUAUCAGUUCUUCGCGUACCCAGCCUUCCAGAAGCAGUUUGGUACAUACUACGAGGGCAUUGGCUACCAAGUCUCUGGACCAUGGCAAGCUGGACUCUCGAAUGGCGCGAAUGCAGGAAUAAUCAUCGGUGGGUUUGCGAAUGGUUAUCUGAGCCAAAAGUUUGGGUAUAAGAAAGUCAUGCUUGUGGCCCUUUUCAUACUGAAUUGGUUCAUUUUCAUCUUCUUCUUCGCAAAGAGCCCGGCUGUACUGGUUACUGCGCAAGUGUUGGCAGGCUUGAUGUGGGGAGUCUUUGCCACGUCUGGGCCUGCCUAUGCGAGUGAAGUCUGUCCCAUGGUUCUGCGAGGAUACUUGACAAACUAUAUCAAUCUUUGUUGGUGUAUCGGCCAGCUCAUUGCCGCCGGUGUUCUCUAUGGGGCACUGCAGAUGGACAGUGAGUGGUCGUAUAGAGUAGCAUACGGUGUACAAUGGGCAUGGCCGCUACCACUAUUCUGCAUCAUCCUCUUCGCCCCAGAAUCGCCCUGGUGGUUGGUCAAGAACAAGCAUUUCACCAAGGCGAAGAAAGCAUUGCGGCAACUUGGAGAAGGAACGGAAGACGAAAACAAAAGGACGAUUGCGCAAAUCAUACACACGCUCCAGAUCGAAGACGAAGUAUCCUCGGGCUCGAACUACAUCGAUUGCUUCAAGGGCAGUGAUCGACGCCGUACAGAAAUUGUCUGCAUGACGUUUGCCGGCCAAGUUUUGUCGGGAUCGGCUUUUGCAUAUGGUCCAACAUACUUCUUCGAGCAAGCCGGAAUAUCCACACAGAAUAAUUACAAGAUUGCCGUCGGUGGCACUUCACUUGCAUUCAUCUGCAACGUCACCUCAUGGUUCCUUUUGGGUCGGUUUGGUCGCCGGACUCUUUAUACUACAGGACUGGUCUGUUGCUCCACCUAUCUCUUCAUCAUUGGAAUCCUCGGUGUUGUGGAUAGUCCAGGGUCACAAUGGGGUCAGGUCGCUCUCUGCUUACUAUGGCUGGGAACCUAUACCAUGACUGUUGGGCCAAUCUGCUUCAUAAUCAUUAGCGAAACCUCUUCCAUCAGAUUGCGAGCCAAAUCAAUCUGUUUGUCGAGAAAUGCUUACAAUAUAACACAGAUCGUUGCCAAUGUUAUACAUCCAUACAUGAUCAAUCCAACCGAAGGCAACUGGAAAGGCAAAGCAGGAUUCUUUUGGUGUGGUACUGCAGCGUUAACAGCGCUAUGGGCGUACUUCAGACUACCCGAGCUUCGAGGACGGAGCUACGAAGAAGCCGAUGUAAUGUUUCACAGGAAGGUGAGCGCGAGGGAGUUUGCAUCGUACAAGAUCAACGUAUACGAAGACGAGCUAGAGCAAGAGGCAAACCAUACCACCAAGGUGGAGUGAUAUUAUGCGUCAACAUAAAACAUUACAAGUGUGGUAUCUAAUUGAUUCGUCCUCGUGGUGGUAUCAACACUGGCUGCCAAUAAUCGCUCGUGUCAUUUCUGCGUCCUCGGAAUACAAAGGCUACAAAGCCAAUGCAGCCAUUGCAGCAGCGACGCCGGCUACCAUUCCACCCUGCACGAAGGUC